AUGGCGGGACAACCUCAGGCGCCCAAGAAGUGUCACAACUGUCGCCGGCAGCGCCUCCGGUGUGACCGGUCUUAUCCGCAGUGUAACAAGUGCGUUCUCUCAGGCAAGGAAUGUCUUGGGUAUGGCCAGCUGCUCCGAUGGACCGGGGCGGUGGCGUCCCGUGGUAAGUUGGCAGGCAAAACAUCCAGCGCUGAUGUGUCCUUGCCCUCAGGCCAGAAGUUGGGAGGAGAUGAGGAUGAAGAUUCUCCAGAGGAUGAAGCUUCGGAGGUCAUAGAUGCCACUGCUUCAAGAAAUGAGACCAAGGCCUCCGAUAUGCAGCUUGUUGCUCAGGACCGUGUCUCAGACGCACUGUACGACAAACCCUGGGUCCUGGCUGACCCUGUCUUUCAAGACUUGUCUCAGACUGAUCGAUACUACAUUUCAUAUUUUACGACACGCCUGUGUCGCGAUCUUGUCUCUCAUGAUUUGCCAGAUAAUUGCAACCCCUUUCACAAGCUUGUGCCAAUGACCAGGUCGCAUCCUCUGCUGCACCACAUCAUCGUCGCUUCCUCCGCGGCGCAUAAAUCGAAUCUUGUGCGCUCGGCUCAGCCACCAUUUGUCCAAUCUGAUGGAAAAGUCAUCUACCAGCGUGGCGAGGCCUCGCAGCAGGCCCUCCAAGAAGCACUUGUCGCUAAACUCAAAGCGCUACGGCUGAUGCACGAAGCUGUCGCUAAUGUUGGCUCCGUUCCUGUCGAUAUUAUCUUUGCCGCUGCUUUGUUUUUCAUUUAUGUCGAAUUGCUGGAAUCAGGGAAGAAUGGGUGGAGGGCCCAUUUGGAGGGUGCCGGCCGACUGAUGUCUAUCAUGCAAACAAUUGACCCUCCAUUGCGUGAAUUACGAGAUUCGUUACUAUCCGAUUGCUUUUGUUACUUCGUGCUGUCAUCCGCAUUCACCCCUGAGGUAUCUUCAUUGCAGACAUAUUUCGACUCAGCUAAUAUACCGACCAUCUUGGAGAAGACCACGGCAAGUAGCUAUCUCUGCUGCCCGCCGGAGGUCUUGGAGAUCCUUUACGCUGCCUCUCAACUGUCCAAUGUCGUAACCGAAGAUGCCGAGACCGCUACAAAGAUCGCAUCAGAAGGCUUUACGCUACUCCACCGCGCUCAAAACUUCAAUGUUCGGGCAUGGGCUGUCGAAGUGCUCAAAAACAACUAUUACCUGGAAAAGGUGCUGGAGAGCCGGGUCAAUGUAGCUACAGUGCAUCGCCUUGCCGCCUCGGUGUAUAUCAUGCAGGCCAUUGAGCCCAUCGCCAACAGCUUGAGCGAAGAUAUCGUCGAUGCUGUGUAUCUGGAGAUGUUUUACUACUUGGAAAGGAUACCGCCCGAAGACCCAAAUUUCAAGGCGACAUCUUGGCCAACAUUUGUCGCUGGUGCAGGGGCAAAGGAUCCCCAGCGUCGGGCCUGGAUCAUUGACAGAUUUCAAAAAUUGUUGGUCACUACCCCUUGGGGGUUUAUGAACACCUGCAUGGAGACGCUUUCUAUCAUAUGGGGCCUGGAGGAAUCAGAGCAUCAAGGGAAGAACUGGAUUCAGGUCUUGAAAGACCCAAAGAUGAAUUUCUUGAUUGUCUGA